AAGCCUGUAACGGCAGGUGAAUGGAAAGUUUACCGUGACUUCGAGCGGCAAAUCAUUAAUUGUGGAAUCCCAACUGUCGGCGGUCACACGGAUCGCCGCAUAGACCGCUAUGAAUACGUUCGUCGCGAUGAGGUCGAAAUGCUAGUGCGAGAGCAGAUUGAUGCGGUACUACGAGCUCGUGGUAUAGAUGCCAGAGCCGAGGCUGUGAGCAGGAGCGCUGAGCAAAGCGCGGUGUGGAGGCGACGGAGCUUGAUGGAUACCGUCGAAGAGGUGGUGCAGCGUCAGCUGGAACAGCUGGACGUAUCCGCCGUUCCACCACCGGCUCAGAUGAGAAGGAAGGUGCAGGAAGAGGAAGCGGCAACGUCACGUCAAGCUGCGCGGCCGCAAGCUGCAGAGGAGGGGCUGCACGACGAGCCUGAUGUAGGCGAAAGGCCGUCAACACCGCCUCCUGUACGGCCAGUCACGUUUGCAGGAGAAGAUGUACCACGCCACCUACUGUACACAUAUUUCGACGACGAAUGCUACGAAGGCGGAUCUCAUGUGCCCAGCGUGUUCCGGAAACAGCCAAAAUAUGACUACAUGUUCCAUCAUGAACUGGACACGUUUGAUAGGAACUACUACAUGGAAAGUUUUACAAUUCCGGCCACACAAAGAGAGGGUUAG